AUGCUGAUGGAUCUGCAUUCCGCUUUGGAAGCAGCUCGCAGCUCGCGGCUCGAGGCACAGAAGCACUCGCUUUGCCAGAGGCAGCGGCGUGCCACCGCGUCGUCGGUCCUGAGGGAGGCAAACGGGAAACAGGGACGGAUCGCAUCUCGUGCCGACGGCGUCAAUCCUGGCCCGGAUCAGAUGAACCAGGCGCGAGAUGGGGACGACGCCCAUGCCGUGUCUUUUCAUCACCAUGUCGCCAUGGGAUGGGGGGUGAUGAUGAUGAUGAUACGCUGCGGUCGGAGGACGCCCGUCAGCGGACAGGGUGGUGGGCUCAGGAACCAAAGGGGGCGGCAGGCAUCGCCAUCGCGGAUCGCGGCAGCAAUCAUGAGAGGCUCGUGCAAGCCAUCACUGAAUGGGCUCUGA